GAAGAGAUUUAUCAUGCGGAAAACUUUGCUAUGACAUAAAACUCUUUGUAGUAGAAAGAUAAAAGCAAGGAGUUUUCUUCUAUAAAAACAUCUAUACUGAGAUAAAGUAAACAAUCUUAUGAAACUUUUGAAUGUAAGUUACAGAAGUGAGAAUAUCUUAUAAGAAAAAUAUUGUUCAACGUUUUUCAAAUUUAAAAGCGUUUCCAAAUUGCAAACAAUAAAGGGGUUUUACAGCUUUGGUAUUGAAAAGAAGACUGAAUACUACAUUCCAUUAUUUACCAACUAAUGCUCGCUGUAACAUUCAACUGUGAAAUAUCUAAAUCUAAUGGAGAAUCAUUCUUCUAGCAGCAUCUGUGCUCUAAAAUGCUUAUAAAAUCGUCAAAGAACCUCUAUAAAUAGCGAAUGUGAUAAAAGAAAAGAACUUGUAUAUUAUAGCGAGAUUUGCUUUAUAAAAAACAAACUAAGAUAUCUUUCCAGUUAGCAUGAUAGAUAGAAUGUACCCAAUUAAGAAAAUAUACAUCAGCAAUGAAUGGUAACAGAGUCCUAAAACUGGAAAGCAGCGGGUCUAGUCAAAGAGGACAUUCGAGCAUGGCAAGUACUUUGACAGAUUGCCGCGGUGCCCGCCCGGACAACCUGCUUCCGGGAGUCCGGAAGUUCCCGGAUCAAGAGCGGGCCAACAUGUGGAGUCCUUGCAGUAACUGCAGUAGUAGUGAUGAGAACAAUUCACCUACGGCCCUUAAUAGAUUCAACUGGGACAAACCAGCUCUGGAAGACAAGAGCGUUGAUUUCAGCUGGGUGUCAUCUGAGAGUUCCAGUAAUGGUAAAAAUCUACAUUCGAAAACAACUGGAAGAAGGAAGAUAGAUCCGCGUACCGAAAAGAAGUCUGGUAGCUACGUGAAUUUGCAGCAACCUCAUGCCAAAUAUUCAAACGACUGCACAACGUCAGAGCCAAGAAAAUCGCCAAAAAAAGAUCGUCAAUCGACACAAGGAUGUGGCAGUCUAACCGAACCUUCCCAAUCAGAAAAUUUAUAUCCACUUGUAGAUCUUAGAGAAGAACGAAGUGAACAAAAAGAAGAUCCACCCUCAUCGUCUGAUGCAGACUUCAAUGAAAGGAGCGAAGAAGAUAUUGAAAAAGAAAAGGAAGAUCUACGUAAUGUGGCAUGGUUUCAAGCUGGAAUUCCUCGAGAGAUAGCUCUAGAAGUUCUGGCAGAGAAGCCAGAAGGUUCUUUCAUCGUUCGGAAGAGCACAACUAAACUCGGCUGCUACGCAUUGUCCUUACGGGUCCCCCAAGAGAAGAACCCGACAGGAAUAGCACACUACUUAAUCUUGCAAACGAACAAAGGUUAUAAAAUAAAGGGUUUCACGAAAGAAUUUUCGAGCCUGAACGCGCUUAUAACCCACCAUUCUGUGAUGCCAGAGCUACUGCCCUGCCCCCUCAACCUCUCACGCCAGUUCAAGAGGGACGCCGAGCACGAGUUCGAAGAGACCGAACAGAAGACCUGUGACAUCUUCUCGGACAUCCACUGGCUCAUGACUGACCUGGAAGUUUGAAGGCCAAAAUCGCUUGGAGGCUUGGGCUGCUUCUUGUACAUAAAAUAACACUCUCUUUUUUGCUGUUGUUAUUGUAUGAACAAUUUAUUGUCAUGAAAAGUUUUCGUUAAUUUAUUUUGGCGACAUCAUGCAAAUACAGUCAGUGUGCAUGCAUCAGUGGCAACUUUUCAGAAGUAUGUGUUUAAAAAAAUGAAUAAUCAUCCGGAAAAUAAGAUGGACAUUAUAUAUUCAUGCUGAAUAUGUAACGCAUUUAUAAUAUAGCAAGCAUCUGCAAGAUUUAUACGUUAUAUAUCCAAGCUGAAUAUAUAACGCACGUUAUGUGCUUUCUACAAGACCACAUAACUCUUGCAGAAUGAGAUUCCACAAAUGGAAAGCAUAAAAAUUCACACCAAAAAUUUAUUUCUAUAAUGCGUAGUGUUUAGAAAUCACUGAAGUUCCUCUUCUCGGUAUUCUCAUAUGUAAACAUAAUAUAACGCAUUUGGUGUUUGUAUUUUUUUCGUUAACUGAUUAAAUCAAUAAUCUCAUAGAAAUCUGCAAUUCUACUAAUGAAAUCAUAUGUUAAAAUUCCUUUAUUUUGCUGAUUAAAUUUCUAAAGUGUCAUAUUAACAUGCAAUGGACAAGAUGGAAAAUUGACUUAUAGCUGAUGGGUUCGCCCAAUAUGAAAUGGAAAUAUCUAAAUUCUACUAAUGAAAUUAUCUGCAAUUCUACUAAUGAAAUCAUAUGUUAAAAUUCCUUUAUUUUGCUGAUUAAAUUUCUAAAGUGUCAUAUUAACAUGCAAUGGACAAGAUGGAAAAUUGACUUAUAGCUGAUGGGUUCGCCCAAUAUGAAAUGGAAAUAUCGGUGAAAAGACUUUUAUACUAAGUCUCAUCCUUCCAGCUCAUGUUUUUCAGUUAUCGUGUUUAAAACUAGACAUAAUUCCAGAGAUCUUGUUUGGGCCGCGGUGGCCUGGUGGUAAUGUCUCGGCUUCGGAACCGGAGGGUUUCAGGUUCGUGACCCGAUUCCACCGAAGAACCGUCGUGUAAGGGGGUCUGUUGCACGUUAAAUCCAUCAUGACCAAACGUCCUCCCGCUGGUGUGGUGUGGAGAAGGGGUGCCAACUCAGGUGUCGUCCUCGUCAUCUGACCGCGGUUCAAAAUGACGAGGUCCGUCCCCAAAUAGCCCUAGUGUUGCUUCAAACGGGACGUUAAUAUAACCAAACUAAACCAGAGAUCUUGUUUGUUGGAUUCAGGAGAAACUAAACGUGAUUUAUUUCGAAGUCAAAAAAUUUGAUGAUUUAAAAAAUUGGGAGAAGAAACAGAUCCUAUUGCCCGUUAUCUCCAUGAUGUUGCUCGGCCAAUAUCGUGAAAAUAUCGUACAAUGUUAUUUGGCAUUCUGUGCUUAUAAGGUGUAUGAUGUUACAUCUGGAGACUAAAUUAACAUCGCCUUUAUACAGAAAAGUUAUUAAAACGACAACAUUGAAAAUGCAGAUACGCGAUGGUCGCAUCGUACAAGCCUAUAUAUUAGUGUCCUACAAUAAAAUAUAGCCAAAUUCAUAAAAAUCUGCAUCUAUAGUAACUAGGGUUCGAAAGAUCCAAAAGUGAUUGAACUAUUAUAUGAACUUAACCUUAGGCCUAGGGGCCCCACAACAUGAAACACUUUUCCAUCAAAUGAAAAACAAUAGGAAGGGGAUGUAGUAUCCUUGCUCUGGCCAUGCGUAUGCCAUUUUUUUCAGAUAUCCCCAUGAGGAAGAAAAACGCUCAGGUGUCUAAUGAUGAUGGCCAUACAAUUGAACCAAUUAACUAUUAAAUAAUUCCAGGCUUAUUUAUGGUGCACAAUAUUUUAUGCAAUACAAUUCUUUUUCGCAUUUUUCUCGAGAAUUCAAUAAAAACAUGAUAAUGAAAAAUCCUACAGUGAGUUUUUUCUGUACAGAACAAGGAAUCAUACUCUGCAAGAUUUAUAUGGUCUUGAUCGAGACUGCUGAAUACAUUUUCCAGUACAUGUUCAGUGUUGAAUAUUUCCAAUAUGCUCUCCCUCUCUCACUUUUUCAAGGUUAAACCUUUUAUUUUCAUUUCAUAUUUUCUGGAAAAUACUAUGAGUCAUGACUGAAUGCUCAUGAUGAAGUUUCAUGAGCUUCCAAUUUAAUUUGCGCAACUACUUACAGAAAGUUAUGACUUAUUUCCUUCAAACGCCGUAAUAAAUAUAUAUAUAUAUAUAUAUAUAUAUAUAUAUAUAUAUAUAUAUAUAUAUUCUACACAUGAUAUGUGCAUGUAUACCCAUACGUAAGUAUAAUUUAUCGGGAAAUAUAUAAUUUACCGAGAAGUAUAAUUAUUGAAAUAAAUUUAUCUUUUCAACAUCGUACUUUUUUUAACUAAGUCUCAAUAAACAUGUCUUUCAAAUAUAACAAUUAUUUGCAUGAAUUUAAAGAAAUGGAAACUACUUUAGCAUAGUGCAUUCAAAAAUUACAAAAUAUUUGGAAUAUUUAUGAAACUAUUUUAUUCAUUAUAUAAAUUAUGCCUGUCAGUUUUAUUUGACUGGAAUCAUUAAGAGGGGAAUUCUGAAGUUACAAGUUUGUGGCGGAUUUGUAUGGGUAAGGAUAGAACCUGGAACCUUGUGGUUCGCAGCCGAAUAACAUGACCACAAUACAAAAGCAAUUGUCCCGUGUUUCAUAGCUGUUAACUGGCUUAUAAGAUUUUCACCACAAGUUCAACAUUUCUUAAGUUCUAUGGCAAAUAAAAAAAUAAUAGAGAUAUUUUAACAGCUUUUUUUUUAAUUUUCUGGUUAAAGUUCUCAUUCCCCUACUUGUUUGAAAAUUCACUUAUCAUUAAAAAAAAAAAAAAAAAAAAAGGCUAAAAAAAUUAAUGAGCGUAAAUGCAACAGAAAUGAUUGACAAUUUUUUAUAGAAGCAUUUCAUUGUUUUAUAAAAAGCUUCCUAUUAAAAAUUAGAAUCUUUCAUAGCUAAAGUGUUUGUUAAAAUUUCAUACAA